AAAUUGCGUUUGACAGAGAGUGUUUCUGCGUGACAUAGAACGGAAGCCGCAACGCACAAGGGGGUUGUGAGUGAGGGCAUUGCCCUAGCCUCGCAUAUUAUUGGGAGCACGCAUGGAGCGCAACACCCUUAAGAACUCGACGGCGCUGCAGGCUGUAGCGGGGUUUGCAGCUGGUGCAGCAAUCUUGGGACUCGCUGCAUGGUGGUAUCAGAGCGGCAAGGUUCCUUCCAAGGCUCCAAAGAAGGUUGAGAUGGCCCCGAUCCCCGAUAAGGACCCAGAUUAUGCGAGCACAGUCGCAAGCAGGCAUCUUGAGGCCGCAGAUGCAGCCUCACCUGCUGGCAGCCAGCAGGCGGACAGACAGUCAGAUGAGCAUGCCAGUGCAGUGCACAUUGCCACUGAGGGCACCCUGGGAGACAUUGAGGAGAUCGCGCCAUCUGCUGGAGCCAUACUGGAUGAGGAGAUCAUUCUGGCAAAUGCAAUAGCAGAUGCUCCCACCAUAUCCUGGCGGCAGACAGCAGAAGAGGUGGUGUUGGAAACGCCUGUGGGGGACAAUGUGCGCGCGAAGGACCUGGUGUGCAACAUCAAUGCACGCAGCUUGUACCUGGCAGUCCAAGGGAAGGUGCUUGUGGAUGAGCCGCUCUUUGCUCCCAUCAGCCCAGAUGAGAGCAGCUGGGAGAUUGGUGAUGCCGAGGACGGGCGCAGCAUCACUGUGUCUCUGCACAAGGCGAACUCGGAGACUUCCGGAGUGGAGGUGGAGUAUGUGUCUGCCCCCCGCGAGUAUGAGGAGCUGCUGCAGGCCAAGGAAGAACCGGAGGCCGAUGAUGGGGGCUUUGCGCGUGCGGGGGGCUUGGGUUUCGUGUCGGCAGGCACAUCUGGGGCUGGCUUGGGCAGCGAGGGGCUCACGCCAGGAUUGGGGUCGGGCGGUGCAACGCCUUCGUUGGGGUCAGAUUACGGGUCUGAGACCCCCUACGGCGGCGUGGGAUUGGGCGCCACACCAGGACUGGGUUCUGAUGAAGCGGAGGAAAAUGGCACAACUGAGGACAGCAUGAGCCCCUACGAGGAGUUUGCGCGGGUGUUCAGCAAGUUUGCCAGCGCUGAGGAGGUGACCGGACCACGAGUUGAUCCUGAUGCGGAGGCAGAGGCUGACGAGGACAAAGAGGAAGAAGCAGCCGAGGAGAAAAAGGAGCCAGAGAAAGGGGAGGGCAGCGACAACGAGGAGGAUGAGGGGAAGGUAGGGAAGGAGAGCAAGCGCAAGCACAAGAUGGAGAGCCGGCUGAAGAUCGCGGAGCUGAAGCAGACCUGCCCCCGGCCGGAAGUGGUGGAAGUCUGGGACGUGACUGCCCAGGACCCACGCUUGCUUGUCUACCUCAAGGCUUACCGGAACACUGUGCCUGUGCCGCGGCACUGGAGUCAGAAGAGGAAAUACCUGCAAGGGAAGCGGGGUCUGGAGAAGCCGCCCUUCCAGCUGCCAGAAUUUAUUGAGGCCACAGGCAUCGGCGAGAUGCGGCAGGCAUACCAGGAGAAGGAAGAGAGCAAGAAGCUUCGGCAGAAGCAGAAGGACAAGAUGCAGCCCAAGAUGGGCAAGCUGGACAUCGACUACCAGGUUCUGCACGACGCCUUCUUCAAGCACCAGACAAAGCCUUCCUUCUCAGUCAUGGGCGACCUCUACUAUGAGGGCAAAGAGUUCGAGGCUAAGAUCCUGGGUGCGAAACCAGGUGUGCUGAGCGAGGAGCUGCGCAGAGCGUUGGGCAUGGGCGAGUCAUCGCCGCCGCCGUGGCUCAUCAACAUGCAGCGCUAUGGGCCGCCCCCCUCCUAUCCUGACCUGAAGAUCCCGGGCCUGAAUGCGCCCAUCCCUCCGGGCGCCCAGUUCGGCUACCAGCCUGGCGGCUGGGGAAAGCCGCCUGUGGAUGAGGAGGGCAACCCCCUGUACGGCGAUGUCUUCGGCCUGUUCGAGCAGGAUGCUGAAGACGAGCUGGUGGACAAGCUGACGAGGUGGGGGGAUCUGGAGAGUGAGGAAGAGGAGUCAGAGGAGGAAGAAGAGGAAGAAGAAGACGAGGUGGACGACACGGAGAGCCUGGCGGACGGCAUCGCGUCCAUCGCGUCCGGCUACAACUCCAGCUUGCCCUCCGGCAUCGAGACGCCCGAGGUCAUCGACCUGCGCAAGGGCAAGGCCGGCGAGAAGCCGCUGUACCAAGUGCUGGAGCAGCAGGCGGCGCCGGUGGGCAACGCGCUCAUGGGCAGCGACCACACCUACGUCAUCCCCGGUGCCGGCGCACCCGCCGCCGGAGCGCCUACCAAGGGCGCUGCAGCCGCCGCUGCCAAGAGGUCUGGGAUUGCGCCUGGAGAUGUGGAGGUGGCGAUCGACCCUGCAGAGCUGGAGGGGCUCGACGAAGCCGGUGUGCGCGCACUGUACGAGGAGCGCCUUUCGCAGCAGCGCACCGCAUCAUCACGCGAGGACUUCUCGGACUUGGUGGCUGCCAAGGCGGCGCAGCAGAAGCGCAAGGCGGCAGAGAAGAAGGAGGGCAAGGCCAAGAAGCAGAAGGAGCAGUUCAAGUUCUAG